AUGAAGGAGUACUACGGAAGGGAGGAAAGCCGCAGGGUGAACCAAAAUGAAAAAACGGACAGAGGAGAAAACGGUAAAGCACAAAGCGGCAAAGAGGACAAUUACGUUUUCAUCGAUGAAAAAUAUAAAACAUAUUUUGACAACAUAAGUGAUAUAUUUGAAGACAAGGUGGAGUACAUACUAAAGAAACAUUUUAAGAAAAACGAACCGACGAAUAAGAACAAACUGCUCUGCUUGAAUGUGUGUGUGUUGUGGCAGAAGAGGUUUUUAGUUCUCUUGAGCAAAUGUCUGAAUGAGUUCGAAGCCUAUAGGAAGAGACAUGAAUUGAAAGAUGACGAGAAGGGAGAGAACGCAGCUGAGGAGGGUGGAAAGAAACAAGAAAGUUCAGAAGAGCCUGACAAGGGAUCAAAUGAACAUGGUGAAGACAAAAACCAACCAGAUGGAAACAACCAAUGGACAGAAGAGUUAAAGAGCUUCAUUAAAAACGUAAAAAUAGUCGACAAGGAAAGUAUUGAAGUUGUGUAUGAUGUGAAUGAAGUGAGCGACGAUUGUAGACCAUGCGCUCAACUGACUUCAGACCAAAUUUAUUACCUUCUAGUGGAGUCGAAAAAAAGAGAAAACGAUUUAAAAAAAAAUAUUUUUACAUUUUUGAAAUACCUUCCUCUUUUUAUCAAGUGUAUAGAAAAUAAGAGUUUAAUAGAAAAAUCCAUCUUGGAAUCUAAGCUCCUUUUAAAUGAUGGCCACGGGAGCAAUCCUAAUGAGGAGGAAGUUCCUCGUUCGGGUGAAGUGCAUGUGAAUGUGAUGAACCCCUCGCAGGAAAACAUAUCCCCCAUGGAAAUACAGAACAAGUUGGACGAAAUUGUGCAUUUCGAUUGUAACUUGUCCGAAAACUUGGAAACCAUUUUUAAGACAGGAAUAGGAAUGGUAGACAUGACAAAUGGAAAGAAAUUCUGUACCCGUGGGAUGGAUACCUUAGCUGGUAGUGCCCAGGAUGGGAAUGACGCGGCUAAACAGACGAUGAACGGGAUGGAAAACCACCAGGAAGAGCAACCUCAACAGGGAGCUGAGUCAAGGGAUGACUACUUCCAACAUAACGCCACCUUUAAUAAUUUAGCAGAUUUAUCUAAAAAUUUCUUCAACAAAAAAAAUAACAACUCACUUAUUCUUCCUUUGUCGAAGAUUAACGACUUGUCACUCAUAAAUAAUAUCAGCACCAGGUCGAACAAGGAUGGAAAAGAAGAGCAAUCCGAAAGUGAAGGCGCUUUCUACAUUUACAAAAAUAGCAUGGAUAAACUAAACCUCUACGGGGUGGACUUACUUAUAAAUUUAAACAAUAAGUUGAUAUACAAGGUUAAUCACAUUUAUAGCCUCAUUCAGUUUUACUCUAUGCUAGCGAAGGAUGUAUUCAACGAGGGGUAG